AUGAUAUCUGAAGUUUCAGGACACUACGAAUUCAGCAUAGACAACACAUCUAAUGAAAGAAUAUAUGCACUUGACGAUAAUUUUUACCAAAAUACCUAUUCCAGCACUGAAAAUCUCCCAUAUUUCUCGCCCAUUGAGCAUCGAGUAUCAGGCCUCGCUGCAAACCCUUCAUUCCAUACUUUCUACAGACGCAGCAAAGAUCGCCUACUCAGGAAGCCUAAAAAUUCAAAAUCUCCUCCAACUGACAUAAGUCUCGUCAACUUGGCACCUCUCAAGGACGAAACCCAGCUAAGCCCAUCAUCUGAAUUAAUCCCAAAAGCCAAAUCCUAUUUCAGUCCCCAAGCUGAAAAAACGAAAAAAAUUCUUUAUAAGACCCAAAUCCCUCUGCCUGUAAUAAGGACGCCAAAGUCUAUGAAAAAAUCCAGUUAUAGGAGAAAUUGUUUUUUCGGAAGAGAAUUUUUGGAAAGAAAAAUGAAAGGCAGCUUGUCGCCUCAGCCACCAACGUCAGCUGGGUUUAUGCCUUCUCCAAAAGGAAAUUUAAAAAGACCAAUUUUGAAUAGCCAGCUUCAGAGCAGGAUCAGAAGCAAAAAGCAAUAUGAGCUAUUUCUUGACGAGCUACAGAUGCUAUAA